UUCUGCGAGCAGUCGAUGUGACUUGUGACUUGAUUCUUGCUUCUGUUCUCCGACGUUAAAUCUAUAAUUAAUCAUGAACUUUCACCAAGCACUGGACCGUAUUUUGCAAAAAUUGCUUGAUGACGAGGGUCAGCGCUCCAAGUACACAGAGGAUGCUGUAGAAAACCAAAACCAUGUGAUUGAGAAGCUAAAGUUGGCAGACGAUAAUUUUCGUAAGGCAUUUGAUGGCCUAAGUCUUGGAGGGAGCUACUUGGAUAGGGUGAAGUUGAAUACUCCUGAUGAAUUUGAUUUGCAUAUGAAGCUGAAAUUUCCAUUCCUAAUCAUCCCGACGAAUAACGAGAAGGGAUUCGUAUUCUUGCGUGCACAUGUCUACAAUCAUCCUAUCGUAGACGGCAAUUACAUAAAUCGAAAGAAUCUUCAAGUUUGGUUAAGAAAAGCUUUCGAUGAGGUGUUCAAAUCAAAUGUAAAAGUUCGUUGGGCUACGGAUGUGCCCACACCAUUGAAGCUGAGGGGAAGAAGCGGACCAUAUAGUUCGAUUUUGUGCCAGCAUUCGAGUUCGCUGGGGCUCAGUGGCCGCUUUCCACUUACAGCAAACACCAAAAUUUACGUAGUUUCCCAUGGUUCGCUGUACCGCAACGGAAACCUGGAUCAAGUGACGAGAAAAUCUUUAUCGUAUGUGCCCCGCAUUGGGAACGCGAGAUAACGCAGAAUUUGUAUAACUUCAAAAAUGUGCUGCGCCUGAUGAAGGGAUUGCGCGACGCUCACAAGACCGAUUUUCCCCAUCUAUCAAGCUAUAUGAUGAAAACUGUCUUGCUGCAUGAACUGGGAAAUGUUAGCUGGACAAUGGAUUUGCCAAACCUCUUUAUUAAGAUGUGGAACUGUUUGGUAGUUUGUCUACAAAAUGGAAAACUGGAAUUCUAUUGGGCGGCAGGACUUAACAUUUUUGAUCGUAUGCAGCCUGACCAGCUCAAAAAAUGUCGCGAAUCAGCUGAGUACCUAUUGGCGAAACUUCAGAAAAUUAGAUCAAGUGACUCCGGUCAAAUGCUCGCUGAACUUUUCCAGGUGUAAUAAGUUUUGUAAUCAAGCUGAUUCUUACUUAUGUAUUUUCUCCAAUGGUAAAUCUAGAAUUAAUCAUGAGUUUUGCCCUAGAACGGCAGAAAAUUUUCUAUAAAUUG